AUGCAAUGCAACGUGUCUUGUUGCUUUGGAAACAUCUGAUUGUAGCUGCCGUAUAUUUAAACAGAAAUGGAAAUCCAAAACCAAGAUGGAUAAAAUUUGAGAAAAUCUGAUAAUAUGUCAGGAGCGCAAGGAGCACAGCCGCCGGGAUCAAAGACGGCAACGACGUAUGAGUCGGUGGAGGGAGGAGAGAACAGGACAAAGAUGGAGCUGCGAUCAAAGGAAGAUGAAGGUAUGAUUCAGAUUAAUAAAGAGCAGGAUAAGGUUGCUGAUGCUGCCGGAGAAGGUGGCCCUGUUUUUGGAGCCGGAAAAGAUGACGAUAAGAACGAUUUGGGCGUUACCGGCACCGGCCCUGCCUAGUCUCUUUAUACUCUAUAUAUAUGUAACUAUGUGUAGAUAUGUAAUAAUGUCCAGAGUUGAAGGAGGAAAUUAUUAAGCUUUUGUACUUUGUAAAAAAUUGUCAAUGGCCAUUUGGUGGAUUUCCUGUUAUGCUCAAUUGCUGCUUAUAUGAAUUUUAAUACUCUUAUCUUUAAGAAUUCUACAUAAAGAAUGAAUUUUGUUCAUCGACUUCAA